CUGGAAUGCCCAAGGUCGUGGCUGUGGCCGGCCCCGCGCGCGAGUUUCGCGUGCACCGAAAUCGCGGCGCAUGGCUCCUUUGUGUUGUGAUGCUGGCCAAUCUCAUCUCGAUCCCCGCACGCGCGUACCUUUCCGAGUCGUUUCCAGGCCUCGACCCGACCAUCGAUGCGCCCGUCUUUGCUUCGUUUGCGGCGCUGGAAAAUGCAACGCUCACUGCCUACAUGACCACGUACAUCGACGUCUCUGCGCUUGGUUACCAGUACGACGACACCAACAGCAUCUACGUUCUGCGUCGCACACUCAACAUGUCGACAACGUCAACUACACUGCGCUGCUUUCAAGAGUUUGCCUUGGGUCUCCCCGGGCUCAUCUAUUACACCGCCGCCCAACUGAACUUUCUCUGUGCCUUCCUCGCCAGCGACACUCGGCUGUCGUACGUGAACCGCGGCUCGUGCCACGUCGAUCGAAGCUGCGCUCUGGACAUUGGCCACUCGUGCAUUUGGCUCUCGCAGAGAAAAGGGGAUCAUCCCGACGUCUACAUUCUCUCGUACGCGUACACUGCAGUCCGCUGGAACGAUUGGCUCUGGAUCAAGCUUUUCUACCGCAUUGCCAUCACGGGCCUCGUGUCCCAGCGUCUCUACAGCGGCUACUGGAGGCAUGUGCGCGACCUCGAGAUAGUCUUGCGCCAACAUGGCCACUGCCCCGGCUUGGACGCACACAAGUGGCGGUACGAACUCGUGCUGGGGGACCCCACUGCGAUCGUGCUCAUGGACAGUUGGGUGGCUUUUGCUCUCGUCGUCGAUACAUGGCUGAGCACGAAUACGAUUGGUGUCGCAAUCCUACUCGCCACCCAGGUAGACGACCUCUGGGCUAUGUUUCUGAGCUUGGUGUACCUCUCCCGCACGGUUUGGUUUGCCUACUUUGGCCUCUGCGCAACCGCGCAUACCUUGAAGAAAUGGCGAUUCGAGCAUGCGUUCAGCGAGGUCGACCCCACGCUCGUCGCUGUCGCCGUCGCCAUUUACGGUCCACUGCUUUCUCAACUGAGCGCGCAUAUGGAGGGGCUCGUGCGCUUGUACCACUGGCUCUUUGCCCUCUGUGUACCAGAGAACGCCGAAGCGCAUGAGAACGAGCUCGGACCUGGCUGUGCCAUGUUCACCCUCAUGAUUGGCAGCCUCCCGCUGCUGUAUGGCUUUGCCCACCCGCGCUGGGCCCGCCGAAUGCACGCGUGGAAGCGCAAGGUAGCGCCCGCUGUGCUACAGGAUUAUGCAAGUCCGCUCUACAACGGCUUAAAAAACCGCGUUUUUGUGCGCUUCCUAUCGACGCUGCACACGCCGACACUGCGCGCAGAGGGCGGCUCCGUGUACGCUCUCUUUGCGACCAAUCCGAGAUACAAGAACUGCCCGACCAUCAGCCUUCGAAGCGCCGACUGCUUUCUCCUCUGCUACCACAACGAGGCGCUCGUGACGAAGAUACGCUUGAGCCUCCUCGAUAACCUCGACCGCAACCUUGCAGACCCAGCUUUGGCUGUUCGCAUUGCCUCUGUUGUCGCCACAUCCAACAUGAAUGAGCUCGUACUCCACCCAAGUCAGCCACCGACGCUGCGACGUCCUCGGAUACCGUCGCCGUGGUGCAUUUAG